AGGAGUGCUAAUGCCCAGCUCUCGCGGGCACUUGACGAUCCAAAUACUUGCACUCGUGACGUAACGCCACGUCCACGUGCCGCCUGCGAUUUAAUUUUAUGUGUGUCGCGCGGCGUGCCGUUCGCGCGACCGCGAAUCGCAACCGCUGGCACGAGUCCGAAUUCCGGAAUUCACUCCGAUUUCUCUCCUUCUUUUCGCCUCUGAGUCACACGAAAUUAAGAUGGAUUUUAUUCAAACGACAACUUUCCUUUCACUUGUCGUUUUUCAUGCUGUCAAAAUGUAAGUUGAUCCAAUCAAAUAUAUAUAGCUACCUACGGUUGCAGGUGGCGGACUGUUAGUGGAUAUGAUGAAAAGGGCCACGCAGACCAAGCAGUAUGCAGAGUUGGAUCACGCGAUGAGAACGAAGGUCGAACCCUUUUUAUACAACAAAGGAAAGGGCAAAUGGAUACCGGUGGAAAAAUUGGUUCUCCUACGAAAUAAAGAGCGUCCACGGCAUAAAAUGCUGCCACCAUUAAAAGCUAUGGAGAAUCCAACGGAUUAUGAUAUCGAUAAAGAUAUGGGCGAUGAAGAUGUUGAUGAAACUAAGAUAGAUAAAAGCAAAUACAGAUUGGUCUGUUGGAAUUUAAGUGACAGAGGUGCCGUCGGCGAGACCAUUUUGCAUUUAUGUAUGUUAAACGCAACUGCUAUCCAUGCUGAUUUGGCAAAACGUCUGUUGCGUUUCUAUCCAAAGCUUAUAAAUGAUAUUUACAUAAGUGACGAAUAUUACGGAGAAAAUGUUUUGCACAUCGCUAUUGUGAACGAGGAUCCGUCGUUGGUCAAGUUUCUUCUCGACAGUGGAGCGGACGAUCCGCGUAUUAUUCAUGAGAGAUGCUUCGGUAACUUCAUGUGUCCGGAAGACCAAAAAGCGUCAAGAUUUGACAGUAUGGACCACGAGUGGGUCUGCGUCUCAUCAGAGACCGAUUAUAGCGGCUACGUAUACUGGGGAGAGUAUCCAUUGAGCUUCGCCGCAUGUCUUGGCCAAGAAGAAUGUUAUAGGCUUAUACUGGCCAGAGGUGCAGAUCCUGAUAAGCAGGACACGAAUGGGAACACCGUAAUGCACAUGCUGGUGAUAUACGAGAAAUUGGCCACGUUCGACAUGGCCUACGAAGUAGGGGCUUCUCUCGACAUUAGAAAUGUCCAGCAGCUGACUCCGUUGACUUUAUCAGCAAAAUUGGCUAGAAUCGAAAUGUUCUUUCACAUCUUGAACAUCGAGAGAGAGAUAUAUUGGCAGAUUGGUAGUAUAACUUGCGCAGCCUAUCCUUUAUCCCAGAUAGAUACAAUUGACGUUAAUACGGGGACGAUCAACAAAAACUCUGCCCUGAAUUUGGUUGUUUUCGGUGACAAAGAUGAGCAUUUAGAGUUAAUGGACGGAGUGCUAGUCGAUCUUUUAAACGCCAAAUGGAAUACCUUCGUCAAAUCUCGAUUUUACCGUCAAUUCUUCCUCUUCUGCUUCUACUUCGUGCUGUCGCUGAUUAGUUUCACCCUUCGCCCUGGCCCGUCAGUCCCGCAAAUGGAUGAAAAUACGAAUGAUACAAUAAUGAGAACAAAUUCCUCCAAUAUAACAGAAUCCAUGAUACUCAAACCCCUCCAAAAUACGGAUCUAUCGGAAUUAGUUACGAAUAGCCUUGUAGCGGCUUUUACUUCAAGCCUUAAAUCAUCCUUAAACGUGACGCAGGAAUCACUAGAGAAAAUCCAGCUACAAGUAACGUCAAAUAUUACGUCAGCUUUGAAAAGCAUUUUGCUCUUGACGUUAGACGAAAACGAGGGCAUUCUGAGUCCUCCUGACGAAGCUGCCAUUCAUACAUUUUGGUAUACAGACAGCCCUCCAAAUGCAUCAGACUUUACGGAUAUGUAUAAUAAAACCGAUAUGAAUGCGACUGCCAAGAUGAUUAUCGAUGAUUCUUCGUCCAAAUUUGAUAAUCACAAUUGGUGGAAUGAUUUCACGGAAGAAUGCAGACUGAUGGAGCUGACACAAACGAGUGCAAAGAUUCGGCUGACUGCGGAAAUUGUUAUGUACUUUGCAGCGGUUCUUUAUAUCCUCGCUGCGCUGCGAGAGGCGAGAUUUUUAGGUCUUAACAUGUUCAUUGAAAAUCUUAUGACGGCACCGUCACGUGUGAUGUUUCUCUUCUCGUGCUGCAUCUUGCUCUCGUUUCCAUUCCUGCGAUUUUCCUGUGCCGACGAGGUCGAAGAUAUACUGGCGGUCGUGGUGAUGCUGACAACCGCACCAUACUUUUUGUUCUUUUGCCGAGGCUUCAAGACGGUCGGUCCAUUCGUCGUGAUGAUUUACAGGAUGAUUAUGGGCGAUCUCCUCAGAUUCGUCUCCAUCUACCUCGUCUUCGUUAUGGGGUUCUCCCAAGCGUACUACAUCAUAUUCCUGUCGUUUGACAACCCAAACACUCCGGAAGGCAUUGACGAUUCGGUCUCGAAUCCGAUGCCGUCGCCGAUGGAGAGCGUUAUGGCAAUGUUUCUGAUGAGCAUGACGAAUUUCGGCGAUUACUUUGGCGCAUUCGACAGAACCGAGCACGAGUUCGAGGCCAAGCUGCUGUUCGUGCUGUACAUGGCGAUCGUGGCGAUCCUGCUCGUAAAUAUGUUGAUUGCCAUGAUGGGCAACACUUACCAGAAGAUCGCUGAAACCAGAAACGAGUGGCAACGGCAAUGGGCGCGGAUAGUAUUGGUGGUGGAGAGAGGCGUGAGUCCUGCUGAAAGACUAAAAAAAUUGACGGAUUAUUCUCAGCCUAUGUCCGACGGUCGUAGAGCGUUGGUUCUUCGAUUACAUCAAACUGAAGAGGAUAAGGAAGAGAUGAAGGAGAUACUCGAGAUGAAAAGAACUCACGAUCGAUUGUUAAAGAAAAGACAAAACAGAAUGUCAAAGGAGAAGAUUCUAUCUGAGACGGAAGCUAUUAUUACUAGGAAUUAAAUAAAAAUUAUAUAAUUUUAUUACGAAUUAGAAGGAAAUAAAAGAAUUGCAAUAUAGAUUAGAGCAAAUUUG